CCGGAAGUCGGCGCGGCCGCUGGGAUUGCUUUUGCUUCUAAUAUGGCGGUGAAUCUUGCAGAGCUGACAUUACCUCAGCUGGAGGGUCUGAAGGGCCAGUUGGAGCAGGAGGUCGAGUUCCUGACCUCUUCCAUUGGGCAGUUGAAGGUGGUCCAGACGAAGUAUGUGGAGGCGAAGGACUGUCUAAAUGUGCUUAAUAAGGCCAAUGAAGGAAAGGAGCUGCUCGUCCCACUGACUAGUUCUAUGUACGUUCCUGGCACGCUGCAUGAUGUGGAACAUGUUCUCGUGGAUGUGGGGACAGGAUAUUACGUUGAGAAGAAUGUGGGCAACACCAAGGAGUUCUUCAAGAGGAAGAUUGAUUUCCUCACCAAGCAGAUCGAGAAGAUCCAGCCAGCGCUGCAGGAGAAACACGCCAUGAAACAGGCUGUGAUCGAGGUGAUGAGCGUGAAGAUCCAGCAGCUCCAGACCCUCCAGGCCUCGCAGUCCGGCACCACCAAGGCCUGAGCAGACUGG